AUGGUUCAUUCGAUCAGUUAUGAAUUUGAAGAUCAAACCGAUAGACCAAUAUGCCAGCGCUGUUCAAAGUCAUUUAAGUCUCAUCUUACACUGAAGCAUCAUACUGAAGUCUGUUCUAAUCGCAAUUCGGAGCCAAGAUUCUGCUGUGAGGUAUGUCGAAAGAAAUUUAGGACUGAUAUUCAGUACACCCGUCACAUCUAUUACACUCAUUCACAACGUACAUUUCUGUGUAAAGAAAAAAGUUGUGGUAGAGCAUUCUUAUCAAACUCGCAUCUUAUAGCUCACAUGACAACACAUACGUCUGAUAGACCAUAUUCCUGUCCAGUACAAGGAUGUUCGUAUCAAGCUCGUACAGCCGGUCGACUUGCACAACACAAAAUUAUUCACGGUCAAGGUCGUCGUUUUUCUUGUGAUUAUUGUGAAUACAGCGCCACCACAUCUUCUAAUCUUCGUCGUCAUGCUCGUAUACACGCUGGGGCUAGGCCAUAUUUAUGCCCUCAUUGUCCUCAUCGUACUAGCGAACUAGAUGCUUUAAAAAAGCAUGUUUUAGACUCUGGUAGGCAUCCUGGUCUACCACUUUAUGUGUGUCCGUGGUGUCGAUCGGAGUCCAGCACAGUCUGCGUUGGUUUUAAUGCUUCAAGUCUCGCAUGGCGACAUCUGCUCAGUGAGCAUUCAAGUGAGAUUAUGAAACCAGAAACACUGAGCCGAAUCGGUCGAGUAUCUGAAAAAUCACUUUCGGAGCGUGAUGUCACUCGUCUUUUGGGUAUAUAUUGUCCAGAAAUCGACUCAGUCCAACCGCCAGAGAACACUGCUGUUAAGCAGCCGUCUGUUACUAGCCGUCGUAAAAACCAAAACGUAGAAACUCUUGGUAGACCCCAUCUUUCUGGAGAAAACGAAUUAACGACUAUAGAAACCAAAGAGUCAAAUUCAGCAGGAAAUAUAAAUCCCGUUGAGGAGGAUCAGAUUAGAUCUUCCCCAAUCCCUUUAAAUUAUCAGAAAAGCGACGCUAAUGAUGAUCUAUCUUUUUACAAUCUUAUCCAAAUUGGUUCAGGGGCGAUUUGGUCACGUAAUACGGUACAAUAUACUGUAAAUAAUUUAUGA